UUUUCGCUGCGGAGAUUAUCUUGCUAUGAACAUAUAUCUAAAGUAGGGCCAGCCUUGUAUCUAUAUGUGCCGCUGCGGUACGCGGUAACGCGGUAACGCGCUUUGAGAAAAUGUACAGAGGGCAGAGCGAGGGUGGAGGAAGUGUAGCUGAACAAGUAGACGAUCUUCGCGAGCGGAUGCGUUUACUCCAAGGUGCCUUUUUUGUUCGUUUCUUAUAACAACAAGCUUCUGCAGGAGACAGGCGCGCUAAUGUUGACAUCCUUGAAGCGAACAAGUCUGCUAACAACAAUGAAAUCAAACGUAAUCUCUUGCUUGUUGCCUGCUGUCCUUUCAUAAUAUAGAGCGCGACGCAGGUCUCCGGGAAGAAAACAAAGAGAUUCGAAUCAAACUCUCGAUUGUGCAGCGCAGUUGUAGUUCAGCCUGCGCUACGCAUGAUACCUUAGAAGGUGACUUAAUCAAAGUUCGAAAGCAUUUCGACACCCUGCGAGAACAAACUCUCCUGAAAUGUCAAACGCUGAAGAAGCUGAAAGACGGUGCGCGAGAUCUGGAACUUCAAUCAAAAAGUAACGCUCAAGAAGAUACCCCAGUCACAAGAAAUAUCAGGAUGCUUGAGAAUCGCCUAGACAAAGCGCUUAUAAAAUUCAAUGAGGCCCAGGUACUUUUUAUUCUAUUUGCAUUAGCAUCAACAUAUCAAUUUUGCAGUCAAUCAAAAGAACAUAUGAGCAAAUUGUAAAACGGCUGAGAGAAGAGCGCAUUGGUUUUGAUCACCAGCUGACCGCACUCGAACGCACAUUUGCUGCCAAGCAGCGUGAUUAUGAGGAGCUCUUGCUUCUCUCAGGGGAUGCAAAUCAUGCACGCGAAGUGGCACAAUCAGAACUCAGCCAUGUUCGUAAUGGGUAUGAGGAGGAGCGCCGUAGGCGUGACCUGGAGCUUCGCGAGCGCCACCAAAUGGUGCAGUUGAGAAAACAGACCCUUGGAACGUUCCAAAGACACGAGAGCGCGCGUCAGCAGAAUAUUUAUGACGAACAUGUCCCAAACGAUGGUCAGGGGCCAGUGGCUGUUGUCAAAAGCACAACAUUGCAGCGAUCAAAAGAGCGCACUGAACAGCGAACAAAAAUCGACAUUUUUGAGAGGGCCUUCCGAAAGAUCAAGGAAGCGACAGGUAACAGCUGCUGGGUGAUUGGAGAUAAAUCACAGGUGUAUAAUUUAGGUGUUUCUGACGUCAACGAAGUUAUACAGAAAAUCAUUGUUCAAGAAAGCACCACGGAAAAUCUCAUGAGCUUGACCAGAGACAAUCAACAGAAGAUCGAAGCUCUAAGUGAACAGAAGGUUGGCAUAAAAAUGCAUGUCGAGGAAGUAAAAUACUCAGGGCCAGGAGGGGGGCACCGACGCAAAUUGGUAGACAAACAUGAAGCACAACUUGCAUCAGCUGCUGCGAGACUUGAACGAUGCCGCAUUAAGCACGAGAGGCUCACUCGAAUGGUGAUUGCCGUCAAAGCGGGCGUAAAGCAUCUCCAAGAUAAGUUGGACGGAGUUCGAGAGGAGCUUGGUGGACGGCACAUCCAGUUGACAGAUGCAACCACUUUUCGAGUUAUGGCAGAAAACGAAAUCAUAAUGGCUGAACUCAUGGCGCGAAUUAGAGUAGCCACGGACAAUGAGUCAAACAUUACUAACGGCGCCGCAAGGAGCACAGAUGUGCACGAGAUUGACCUGCUUCGAGCACGUCCUUACAAUCAGCGCAUUGACUUGCCACUGCUUGAUGAAGAAUGGGAUCGUGACGGCCUACUCAAAGACAAUGAUGAUUUCAAGGGUGAGGUGGACGAUGAGCUUACGCGAGAAAAAGUCAAAAAAGCAUCGUCGCAAAUUCUGAUAGCGCAAGAUAAAAGAAAGCAAAAAAUGCACGACCAAGAUGCGAGUAAUUGAGCAGCCGGUCAUCUUUAGCGUCCAGCAACCCUUCGCUGAGUCUUUAACAAAAUCUCUUACUGGCAGACUGUAGAUGAAACACAAGUGCCCGUGCAAGCGUGAGUUCGAGUCCGCCGUUUUCUGCCGCGUAUAAGCCAUGCCACGCCGCCCCUAUGAUCGCUACGCUACGCGGUGCCUUUAAAUUUGGCGUAAGUUUAAGAGCUCGACUCGGAGUACCUAGGUGGCGGCCGAAAGUCGACUUGGCGGCCGCGGUCCGUCGGUGCGCCAGUGCUACUCUCACUCUCUACUUUACUCUCUCAUCCCAAGCCCUAGAGGCCUCCGACUGGUCACAGUAGCCACCCCGCAAAAAAUCCCAAGGCCCAAGGGGGCCAUCACCUCUAGCCACGCCGCCCACACUUAGAGCUGUCUACCACUGGCAUAGGGAGUUUAGAGAGAGAGCCACUUAUUGAACCCACCCCCAGGUAGUACGGACCCCGAACGAGUUUACGCUAGCC